AUGGGCUCGAUUCAAGAACCAGUCCGCGGGCUCUUCCGCUUCGCAGUACCUGACUUCUCUGUCCCGGCAGAGGAUCGUAUGUUCUAUCCAUCGCCAGCUUCGAAGGAAGUCUCAGACCAAAACCUGGAGCUGCACGAUUUUCGCACAUCCAACGAGAUCGUGAAAGGGCCGAGGGGUCUCGAUAUACAAGGAUUUACCUACGUUGAGCAUCAGUCCGCUCUUGCUGAAGAUGCGUGGUUCGCGGAAGGCAACAUUGAAAAUGUCUAUGUUGCAGAGUGCAUAGGUCUCAUUCUCAAUGCGACAGGAGCGAGUCGAGCUAUCGUCGAUGGCAUCAGCUUUCGCCGCAAGUCGCCCCAAGAUCAGGAUAAUGACCAAUUCUACAUGUUGAAACGAGGUUGUGACCUCGACGUCGCAGUCUCCAAAAUUCCACGCGGCGUAAUGAGAGGUACUACGAUCAGUCAGUCUUCUAGUCAAAGCUGAUGCUUAACGUGAUAGUUACUGGUCGACAAGCUGCUACGAGUUUGCAGCCCUCCCGCGCCUUUCACGUCGACUAUUCCGUAAAGGGCUUGCAAGAUACUGUACGAUGGUGCCGCAAGGACAUUGUAGAGGUCGCCAAGCCAACGAUCGAUGCGGAAGACGCUGGGCUGUCACCUAGAUAUGCAGCAUACAGCAUUUGGCGUCCACUGAAAACGGUCACGAAGGAUCCUAUCGCGGUGCUGGAUUGGAGAACGGCGGACAAGUCGGAAUUAGUGGCCGCAUCAAGUCGCGCACUUAGCGGUGUUACUGAAGAUGGGGAGUACAUUCGUGAAAGUCUGAUAGCGACACCACCGAAGAAUCCGAAAUCGCAAACAUGGUACUGGAUGCCAGAACAAGAGCCGCAUGAGGUUCUCAUUAUCAAGUUCUCGGAUACAGGAGCUGUCAAGGACGGCAACAUCGCACGACACUGCGUCCACGGUUCGCCAAAGCUGAAUGGCACGGAAGGAUUGCCAGACCGGGAGAGCAUCGAGUGCAGAAUUCUGGCGUUCUGGGACUGA